AUGUCGGUUGCCGCUGCUCCUCAAGCUCCGCUGCGGUGGACAGAGGCUCCGGAUCAAACGUGGACGUUCAACGGUUGGAAGGAGGCACGCGGCUUGUCGGUGAACUAUUUCGUGGCGGGCCCGGAGGAAGCGCAGCCCUUCCUGCUCAUCCACGGCUUUGGCGCGUCCGGCUUUCACUGGCGUCGCAAUGUCAACGUGCUCGCCGGCGCCGGCUACAGGGUGUAUGCUAUAGAUCUCGUCGGCUUCGGCCUGUCCUCCAAGCCCGUCAUCGACUACGACAGUCGUAUCUGGCGGGACCAGUGCGCCGCCUUCUUGCGGGAGGUUGCGGGGUGCGGAGCCGGCGGCCGAAAGGCCAUUGUCGCCGGGAACAGCAUCGGCGGCUACACGGCACUCGCACUCGGUGCCGAGUACCCCGACCUCUGCCUGGGCAUCGCGAGCCUGAACGGCGCGGGCCGCUUCUCGCCUCCGCCCGAGGAGGCCGAGCGGCUCCGGCGGGAGGAGGCUGCGAGAGCGGAGCGCAGCCCGGUCGCCGUGGCCGUCGACGAGGCGCGCGAGUACGUGGCCACGUCGCUGCAGCGCGCUGUAGCGUUCACCGGGCUGUUUGUGACCAAGCAGCCGCUCCGCAUCAAGCAGGUCCUCCGGCAGGUGUACCCGGUCCGCCCCGAGAUGGCGGACGACGAGCUUGUCGAGUCGAUCGUCUACCCGGCCGAGGACGCGCCCGGCCUCGCGCCUCCGGGCCAGAUCCCGGAGGUCUUCUAUCGCAUCGUCUCACGAAACAGCGGCGGCGGGGGCGUGCCGGUGGACGUGCUGAUCUCGCAGCUCGAGAUGCCUCUGCUCCUCCUGUGGGGCGAGGAGGACCCGUGGGUCGUGAGCGCGCUCGGCGACAAGGCGCAAGCCUGCGCGGAGGCGUGCGGCGUCGACGUGCGGCGCGUGUCGGUGGCGGCUGGGCACUGUCCCCAGGACGAGGCGCCCGAGGCGGUGAACAAGGGCCUGCUCGACUUUGCCGAGCAGCUGCGGCUGGGCGGCGCGCCAUGA